CCGAAACUGCCAUCUCCGGCGAAGAAAACGAUGAGGAAAUCUACAGAGAAGGCCUCGGGUUUUGUUAAAGCGGAAGAGAAAACUGUGAAACCUCCUUUCAGACUUGCCGUCGAUGACACCAAACCUGUUCUUCAGGACCCGAUUCUGAGAUCGGACCCAAUGGAGACAGAAGAAGCAGUCCUGAGGCUGCCCUCUUUCCCGGUGAUCAGACCAUCUAAAUCAUAAACAAGUUUCCAUCUGACUUGUAUUAUGAUGGAGACGAUAGCUAGCCCAAAAGUGUUUCAGUAUUUGUAUCAGCAGCUGCAGACCAGAGUGUGUUUUCAUUACAACACUCUCUCAACCAUUCAUGGGGUUUGUUGAGGUUUUUUUUUUUUUAAAUUCAGACGUUGAGUGAUUUGAAAGAGUUUAUAAAAGGUUUUCCUGCAACUUGAGUGUGACACUUGAAUCUUGAACUGAUCUGGCUAUCGACUACCAAACCUAGUCAAAGCUUUUUAGUGGAGGCAGAUAGUAAUAAUAAGUCCAUCGCUA